AUGGUUCCUCCACCUGGUGUCCCUCACAAACCUGGUGAAAUUUGUAAGCUCCGAAAAGCUCUCUAUGGCCUUAAAAAAGUACCACACGCUUGGUUUGAGAAAUUCUCUACUAUGAUCACUUCAAUAGGAUUUCAUCGUAGUCAUCAUGAUUUAGCAUUGUUCAUCAAGUGUACAGAUCGAGGCCGUAUUCUUCUAUCUUUAUACGUUGAUGAUAUGGUUAUUACAGGUGAUGAUAUUGACGGGAUUGGGCUCUUGAAAUCCGAGUUGGCUCGUAGUUUUGCGAUGAAUGAUUUGGGGAUGCUACGUUAUUUCCUUGGGAUUGAGGUUGUUUCAUCUCCAAAGGGGUAUAUUUUAUCUCAGUCAAAAUAUAUAGGUGAUAUAUUUGAUCGUGCUCGUUUUACUGAUAAUAAGGUUGUUGAUACUCCAAUUGAAACCAAUGCUCGGUAUUCCCUAACCGAUGGCUCACCUUUUCCAGAUACAGCCUUGUAUCGUACUAUUGUUGGCAGCUUGGUUUACCUCACCAUCACCCGUCCUGAUAUUACUCAUGAUGUACACAUUUAUCUUCAGAGAACUCAGUUUCAGAGCCUUCUCCUUUCUUCCUCUUCUUCCUUGGAUCUUCGAGCGUUCUCUGAUGCUGAUUGGGCUGGUGAUCCCUCCGAUCGCAAGUCCACCACAGGGUUUUGUAUCUUUCUUGGUGAUUCUUUGAUUUCAUGGAAGAGCAAGAAGCAAGAUGUGAUCUCUAGAUCUUCCACAGAAGCUGAGUAUCGUGAUAUGGCCUCUACGACCUGUGAGACUGUUUGGUUACGAUGGUUACUUGCCGACAUGGGAGUCUUUCUUCAUGAGCCUACUCCGUUGUUUGGUGAUAAUAAGAGUGUCAUUCAGAUUGCUCGUAAUUCGGUGUUCCAUGAGAGGACGAAACACAUUGAGAUUGAUUGUCAUGUUGUUCGACAUCACUUUGCAAUCGGUACCAUCACAUUGCCAUUUGUUUCUUCCUCUGUGCAGAUCGCCGACUUGUUAACCAAAGCUCUAUCCUCUUCUCGUUUUCGUUUUUUUGUUACCAAACUCUCCAUGUUCAUUGCUGCUGCAUCAUGA